CGAUCUUUGUCCGCGGUCAACGUCAUCGCGUCAUGAGAGCAGCUCGGGGAGCGACGGCCUCUCCCUCCAUCCUCCGCUGCUGCAGCCGAUGCCGGUGAGGAGGAAACGGAUCGGACACUCCGAGAAUCUCCGGUGGACCUCCAGGCACCUAAAAAAAAGAAGAAAAAUACGUCGAUCGUUUUAUUUUCCGUGUUCGUGUCGGAUUGUAACGGGGCAGCCGCAGCGGGGAGAUGCUGUCGUGCAGAGAGACGUCAUUCAUUUAAACGGCGCCCUACAUCAAUAAAUACAGCAGUGAGAUCAACUGGGGAUCGUUUCUUGAACCCGGAAUCACUGGGACAGGAAUCGAUCUGACGUGAUUUUUUACAGAGAGCCGUCGAGGAAGUGAACGCGUGACAGGGGUUCACCAACAUCCGCCCUGCCGCUGAGCACCACCACAUUUCAGAUGUUGUUUAGAGAGGAACACCGACACGGAGCAUCCAAAAGGUGUUGAGGAUCCAUCUGAAUUCUUCACGCAUGGAGUCAGUUCAUCAUCAAAUCUCCCCUUCUGCCUAUUUGAUUAAAGUUUAUAAGUUAUCAGCGCAGAGCAGUGGAAGGGAUUUUAUUCACGCUGGAGGCCUAUCGUAUGACAAGAUCUUCCCUCAGAAUGGAGCCUGAAACGCUUAAACCACAUUCAACGUAAGCUUGAAACCGCUUUCAUUUCAAAAGGACAGCAGUUCACGACCUGAAAGGUUAAAAAGCAACAAAAACAUCAAAACGACGCUCUUCAAGGAUAAACAAGGCUUAUCCAGGGAAUGAAAACAAAACCAACUGUUGACUCCAAAGCGGUGCUACAUUGUUGGCACUGGCUCGGCUGCAACGUGCUGUUGUGAUGCUGGACGUGGUGAAGAUGAAGGAGGCCUGCAGGAUCUGCGCCCGCGAGCUCUGCGGCAACCAGCGGCGAUGGAUCUUCCACCCGGCGGCCAAGCUCAACCUGCAGGUGCUGCUGUCCCACGCCCUGGGCCGCGAGCUGACCCGAGACGGCCGCGGGGAGUUCGCCUGCUCCAAGUGCGCCUUCAUGCUGGACCGCAUGUACCGCUUCGACACGGUCAUCGCCCGCGUGGAGGCCCUGUCCCUGGAGCGGCUCCACAAGCUGCUGUUGGAGAAAGAGCGACUGAGGCAGUGUAUCGGAGGCCUGUACCGGAAGAACAACAACAACAACAACAACGCGGAGGAUGGGACGGUGGCUCUGCCCGGGUCGGUCCUGGCGGUCGCUGGGACCGAUGCGGGGACGUCUGAGGACUCUGCUGUGGUGGAUUUGACCGCCCUGCAGGAUGGGAGAUACUCCCAUAUGAUCCAGGACGAUCUGACUUACUCCGUGUAUGAAUCCUGGGCUGAUAAGGAAGAGCCGGCGCUGGACCACUACACCCAAGACCAACACCACCACGUCCAGUGCCCAGGAGCGGACUCUGCCUCUGGACAGAGGCCCAGGCGGUGUCGGGGUUGCGCAGUGCUCCGCGUUGCGGAUUCCGACUACGAGGCGGUGUGCAAGGUGCCCCGAAGGGUCGGCCGCCGCAGCACAUCCUGCGGUCCGUCGACCCGCUACUCGCCAGCCACUCCGGGAGUCGAGGACCCCGCCAGAACAUCUGAAGAGUGUGAGGCUGCAGGUGUCGCCUUCGAAUCCCCCUCGGCCGGGUUGGACACUGAUAAGAUGCCGUGUGACGGAUUGAGUCCCAGCCCAGCAUCGUCCGUAGGGUCUCUGGACACCGCCGUGGACGUGAGCUGCCUUCCUGUGAACCACAAAGAACGAGACGAAACUGGCCCAGAGGAGGCUCCGGCGAGAAGGGACACCGCUUGGGACAAAUCCCCGAGUGAGUGCUCCCUCCCCGGGCUUGAGACGAUGCUGAGCCUCCUGAGGGGCUGCGAGUACCGGCCACUGAAGCUCCAGAGGGGCAGCAGGCUCCCGGUUCUGGGGAAAGCCAAACUGGAGCACGGCCUGUCACUGCCCCUGCCCGUCCAGCUGAGGUCGCCCUGUGGAGGGACAGACUGCGAGCUGUUGUCCCACCAGCCCUUACCGGAGAUAGUGUGUCCCCAGCAGGAGCUUUUGCAGGCGGAGAUGGACGAGAUGGAGGAGCAGUGGCUGGACGAUCAUGUUCAGUGCGGCCCGUUCCGUUUCCAUCAGAGGCUAAUUGAUGAGCAGCACAGCCACCUCAGCCGGUGUGACGGCAAUGCAGGUCAUUGUGUCGGCGAGCUGCAGAAGGACCAGGUCGGCCUGCUGCAAGCCAAGAUCAGAGAGAGCGAGACCAGGAACCAGAGGUUGCAGGAGCAUCUCUGUAAGAUGGAGUUGGAGCUUCGUUCAGCCCAAGAGGAAGCCCAGCAACGGGAGAGAAGCAUCCAGAACAUCACUGAUGCUGCAAACUCCAAGGAGAAAGAGGCUGCAGAGCUGUGCCGGGUGAUCGAGGAACAGAAUAAGAUGCUGUGUUCUCUCAAAGAGCUCGCCAACCGCAGCCAGCUGCAGCAGCUGCAGGUGUCGGGUGCGGACAGUAUUCGCGGUCAGGGCGAGGUCCUGGCCCUGCAGGCGUCUCUCUUCCAGGCCCAGCUGGAGCUGCAGGCCGGUCAGCGGAGGCAGCGGCAGGCGUGCAGGACGCAGGAGGACCUGAGCCGAGCCCUGCAGAGGUUGGAGAGCGACCUGGAGGGGGCGCUGCAGCACAGGAGGGAGACGGAGAGGCACAACCAGGAUCUGCAGCUGGCUCUGGAGAAGGCCCGAUCGGCCCUGCAGGAGAGAGAGGAGCAGCAGAGGGAGGCCCAGGGAGAGCGGGAGAGGCAGGAGGAGGAGAGAGAGAGGACCAUCCGAGAGCUGAGGACGUCCCUGCAGACCAAAGAGCAGCUGAUAGAGAAUUACUGUGAGCUGUUGGAGGAUCCAAAGGAAAAGAGAGACUCUCUGCUUCAGAAACUCCGCCAGCGCAUCAAGGAGAGAGACCAAGCUCUCGAGCAAGCGGUGGACGAGAAGUUCCGCACCGUGGAGGAGAAGGCGGAGGAGGCGCGUAGGCUUCAGCUGCUCCUCAGAGAGAAGGAGAGGGACCUGGAGAGGCAGCGCUGCGUCCUGUCAAUCAACGAGGAGACCAUCACUAGCCUGGAGGUGCUGGUGCGUGGUAAGGCUCUGCAGCUGGAGCAGGUGUGCGACGCCUGGAGGAAUGUCCAGCGGCAGCAGCUGGAGAGCAAAGAGAGGCGGAGCAGCAUCCUAAGGGAGAGAGACGCCAUCAUCAGCCAGCUGCAGGCGGCGCUGCACGCUCGCACGCAGGAGGCCCAGGACCUGCGCUUCUCCCUGCUGGCUCACGUCCAAUCAGCUCCCAGCGGCGACGUCCUAGAGGAGCUGACGGUCCGCCUACAGCUCAAAGACCGCCUCUUCCAGGAAGCGAUGGCCGACCGGGCCCACCAGACCCAGGAGCAUCAGGAGCAGGUCCAGGAUCUUCUCCGAACCAUCAGCUCCAGGGACCAGUACAUUCAGGACUCCGCGGGGCGGCUCGGUGAGGUGCUCGCCGAGCAGACAGGGAGGCUGCAGGAGCUCCGCAGACAGCUGAGCUCAGGUGUCGGAUCGACCUCCCACCGCGGACCAGACUCUGGUGUGGAGCUCCAGGUGGUGCAGGAGGAGCUGCGUCUGGCUCUGAGGAGUGGGAAGGAGGUCCAGGAGCUGGCCAGCAGGGUGGACUCCCUCACCGGGACACUACACGUGAAAGAGCAGAUCAUCAGGGACUUCCAGAGGCAGAUGGUGGAGCCCUCCGGUCUCCCGCUGGUGGAGCGGUUGACGCAGGAGGUCCAGCAUCUGAGGGAGAGCCUGGUCCAGAGGGACGGUACCUCGUCCACAGGGCCCGUCCACAGGCAGCCCGAGUUUGGAGAGCUGAGCUCAGAGGACGAAGACGAGGCCGACGAUGAUCUGAACAGCGAGUGUACCGAGAGCGUUGAUGAAGAGGAGCCCCAGCGGGGGGUCCAGUCCGUGGGUUGUGGAGGAACAGCAAAGCCUUCUUCCCAGGACCUGUUCUUUGAUGGUCAGGGACUGACGGAGGUCAAACAGCUGGUGGAGCAGAAGAGGGCGGUGGAGAGAGAGCUGGGAGAGCUGAAGGCUCAACUGGAGAAGACCGGCUUCUCCUCGCUCUCGCAGAUGAGGAAAGCUCUUUUUAGCCUGCAGGCCGAAAACGGAGAUUUGAGGCAUCAGCUGAGUGGCAGUACACGGAGUCAUGACCAGAAAGUGUCCCACCACGGAGAGGAGGAGGAGGAGGACGAGGAGGAGGUGGAGGAUUUGGAUGUGACCAUAGAAGAGGCGGAGGAGGACGAAGAGGAGGAGGAAAGCUCUGACAUGUGGGACACUUGGGAUGGCGAGGUGUCUCUUUCGCGGACCGACGUCCAGACCGCCCAUGAGCUCAGAGCCGCCAGACCCGAGUCCCUGCACCUGCUCGCCAACUCCUCACGGCUCGUGGUCCAGGAUGUCCUGGACAUCGAGCUGCCGGCCGCCAGUCAGCCGCAGGGCGCCGUGUCCUCUGGUGAGAAGACGGUCCGUCUGCACCAGAAGAGCAAAGAGCUACAGGAGAGGCUGAUGGUGUCUGAAGCCACGGUGCAUGCUCAGGCCGAGCAGCUCAAGGACUACAGGGAGCUGCUCACGGAGACAGCAGUGCAGCAGGACAGUAAGCAGGUCCAGGUGGACCUGCAGGACAUGGGCUACGAGACGUGCGGCCGCAGUGAGAACGAGGCCGAGAGGGAAGACACCAGCAGCCCAGAGUUCGAUGACCUGGAGAUGUGCACGUCUCUGGACUGCGGCACCCAGUGGUGGCCCGCCGGCAGCGGCAGCAGCGGCAGCUCCACCUUCACGAAAACCGCCACCCAGAGCUCCGGCGACGGAGACGAGAUGUCGUCUCUGCGGCGCCUGGUCGAGGACCUUCGCUCCCAGCUGUCCCGCUCCCAGGGAGUGAUCCGCGGGCUUCAGAGCCGCCUUCGGUCCCUCUCCACCUCCAGCGACUGCGGGCCCGCCACCCCUCGCAAGGUCAACUGGUCCUUCCAGGCCUCGCCCUCUCACAGCGGGGCGGAGGAGGACGAGGGCUGGCAGUCGUCCGACGGAGGGCCUCUGGCUUCGCCCCGCCACCCUCACCCGGACAAGGGCCUGCAGGAGCUGGUGUCCCGCGUGGACGCACUGGAGGACCAGCUGAGGAAAGGAGGCAAAAAGUCUGUCAGCGAGGACUUAAAGUCUGCCACCUGGCCCGGCAAAUUCGACACUCUGAUCCAGGCUCAGGCCAGAGAGCUGUCGCACCUCCGCCAGCGGCUGAGGGAGGGCCGCGGCGUGUGCAACAUCCUCACCCAGCACCUGGGAGACACCACCAAGGCCUUCGAGGAGCUGCUGAGGGCCAACGACAUCGACUACUACAUGGGCCAGAGCUUCAGGGACCAGCUGGCUCAGAGCGGCGCCCUGGCGCAGCGGGUCAGCGCGAAGAUCAGCGGACGGGAUCAUCCUGAAGAUCCAGAUGAGAAGACAGAGCUGCUCGCCAUACGGCUCAGUAAGGAGCUGCAGCAGAAAGACAAGAUCAUCGAGUCUCUCCGCACCAAACUGAACCAGCACCACCAGCAUCAUCUCCAUCAGCGCUCUGACACGCCCUGCAGCGGCCCCGCCCUCUCCGACGCCACCGACCAAUCGGAUCGCAUCUCCUACGUCUCCGACGAGCACGGCUCCACGAACGAGGACAUCGAUCCUUGCUCCGACGUGGACGCUGCCAGCGAGCUCGGUCCGAAGGAAUCGCGGACCUUCAGCAGAGCCGGCACAGAUUGCCACUCCCACAGUAGCACCGCGUCCCACCAUGCGUCUGUACCUCCAUCCGUCACCUCAUCCCAUAGAACCCAGUCCUGCCUCAGCUGCCCCAGCAUGCAUUGCCCCGGCUCGCCGCUCGUGUCUGCGGACACGAGGAGUCAGACAGCUCCCGCCUCUGCCCCCUUCCCCACUCCCCCCUCCUUCCCCUCCUCCACCGCCCGGAGGGUACCAUUGCCCUUCCACUCCCACCCCGCAACCCUCCGCACCCGUUACCCGGGCAACAGGGGAGAGGGUUUCUCCCUGGCGGAGGUGCAUCAGGAGCUGCAGAUGUUACAGAGGCAGCUGGCAGACAAUGAGAGGUUUUCCACUCCGCAGUCCAAACCACUUCAUGGUUUCCCGUUUGCCCAGCAGCAGCCCGACUGCGCGGCCUUCCUGCCUCUCUCCUACAAUGGAUACCAGCCUUCUCCGUUCAGCAGCGGCCCGGACGCCAGCUCGGCAAUGAAGGCUGGGGGUAGUCUGUUGGAGAGCGGUGCAUUGUGGGAUAUGAGCUACGGCAGCCGACCGGUGAGACUCGGACUCGCAGACCUGUCCUCGGGAUCCUCGGGGUACCAAUCCGGCGCCAGCAACACAGGUUCAGACCUGAUGAAGGAGCACCUGAGGGAGAUCAGGAGUCUGAGACAGAAACUGGAGGACUCCAUCCAGACCAACGAUCGCCUCCGGGAGCAGCUGGAGGAGAGACUGGCUCACACCUCCACUGAGAAAGGUGCUCCUACCAACAUCUACAUCCAGGGUCUGGACUCGGUCGGCCAGCUGUCCAGUGAGCUCAGACUUCUGAAGGAAGAGAACGUCAGUCUGCAGAACCAGCUUAAACAGGCCACCAGAGAGGGCAUCAAGGAAGCGGAACAGCUGAGGGAGGCGGGGCUGGAGGUGGAGAGGUGGGCGGAGCAAAGCAGGAAGCUGCAAACUGAAGCUGAAGCCUGCAGCCAAGAGAUGACCCAACUGAAACAGGACAGACAGAAGAACCAGGAAGCCAUCAACAGACUCCAGCAUGAGGUGAGCGUCCUGCAGCAGCAGCUCUGUGAGAGCCGCAGCCUGGUCCACUCUCUUCAGUGUGAGCUGCAGGUGUACCACAGAGCGUGUGGAGUCAACGCAAACACACAUGCAGGUCGGGGAAGCAACGGUGCCAAACUUGGCACUGCGACCUUUGACCCCGGAGAGCUGCACGUUCAGCUGGAGCAGCAGCUGGGCGGACAGGCCGACACGCAGCCUCGAUCCAGGAGACGGCUGUUCAACGAAAAUGUUCCCUCCCCUCCUGUGAGAGACACCGGACUCAUCAGUCCUUCCUCUCCUCAACAUCCCGCACAGAAACAUGCUGCAGAAACUGGAGCAAGCAGUCAAGCCUCGUCGCUGCAGGGCCACGCCCCCGACGGCUCAUUCGCCAACCGCCGUGGGCGCCAUGCAGUGGGCCACGUCGACGACUUCGAGGCUCUGCAGCAGCAGGUCCAGGAGGGCAGCGCUCUCCUCCGCAAGAUGGAGACGACCUGUUAUUCGCUGAGCACCGCGCAGGAGUUCCGCCUCCAUCAGCACUCAGACUCGGGUCCUGUCAGGAAGCUGCUUUCUGAUACUAAAACCCUGGGUGAGAUCCUGGAGGAGGCCGGCGCUCUGCUGCGGAUGUUCUGGAGAGCAGCUCUGCCGAACCACGAGGAACCCAAUCAGUCUCUGAGGGACGAGGUUGUCUCGCUUCGCCAGAAGCUCACGGAGCACGAGCGGGCUCUAAAGGACGCCACGGAGAGGGUGACGAGCUCCAACCGCACCAAAGAUAGCAUGGAGCACUUUAUAGUCAACCAACUGUCGAGGACUCGGGACGUGUUGAGGAAAGCAAAGACAAACUUGCAGGAGAACGAGCUCAAGAUUUGCUCCCUUCGCCACGCCUCUUUCUGCCCCCCCACCUUCCCCUCUCCCCACUUUGUCCCUUCCUCCUCUGCCUUACGGCCCUGGCCUGGUAAAGGAGAACACGCGGGAAGCUUCUGUGAGCUCGCCCUCUCUCCUGGUCGGGGUGUCAUGAAGCCGGGGGGGGGGGGGGGGGGGGAGGGCUUCCUUCUCGCCUGAUGUCCCAGGACCGUCUCUCUACCAGCGCCCCCUGCAGUCAGCCUUCCUGUAGUGACACAUACGCAAGCUUCUAGUCCUCUCGUUGUUCUCACAGAAAGCGCAAUACAUCCUGUUCUGGCUCUCCUUUCAGCUGGAAAGACAUUUCAACCACAUUAGCAUGGAUUUGAGAAAAGAAGAUUCACUAGAUGCCAGCAGGAAAGGGGCUCUGAAAAAGCCAAAACCAAGCUGCGAAGUGCUUCCUCUCAGCCUCUGUCGAGGCUCAUGUAUGUAGUUAGCAUGUAGAAUAGUUGCAUGUGGUUUGAGCAGCAAGUCGAAAAAAGCCAUACUCUCUGCAGUACAUUUCUGCUUUGUCCCAUUUGUCAUAAAAAUGGCCAGCUACUGAUAACUCAUGGAAAAUACUGUAAAACCACAAUAGACGUUUUUUCAUAUAGCUGGUAGAUAAUCUUUUAAAAUCCAAAGUAUUACCCAUAAGUAUGGAGUCAGUGGUCCUCAAGAUAUUUAAUAACCAAUAUGGGUCCAACCCAGUUUCUCCAGUUUUUCUCUGAAGCACUAACCUGCAGUGUUGGAAGGCCUGCUGACGGAGCUGCUGUAUUUAAAAAACAAGCACAUGUAACAGACUGUCAUCAAGCUGCUCAGCUGUUUGUGUGAUGCCUUCAGUGACCUAUCCGAUUAAAUGAACUAAUUUUAUAGUGCACGGUCCAAGAGUAAUUUAAUUGGACCAUACUUUUAUCUCUUCUUUUAAAUAUAUUUCUGUCCUUUUGGUGUUCUUCUUGAAUUAUUUUUGAUUACUUGUGAAUGUCUCUGUGUUUGAAUGUCCUUCAAAACGACAAUCAGUUAAAAACAAAGAGGGAGAAACAUCCAUUAUGUAAGGAUCACUUCUUCCGAACAUCUGCAGGAUUGGUGACGCUCACUGUGUAAAUCAACUUUUUGGAAAUUGGGUGUUUGGUUUUGCUGUUUCUUUUUUGCAUGGACUGUGUCUUCAAUGCCCUCUGAUACCUUUACUGAUAUAUGCAAUGUUUGGGUUACUGUGCAAUAAUAAGCUCUGUUGUGGAUUUUUGUAGAUGUUUUAGGCCUCGGUAUCAAAGUGCCAUGCGAUCUGUUGUAGCUCAUGGGGCUAAAUUGAUUUAAGUUUACCUACACUGUUUUUUGACAAUCAAAUGAAAUCAUAUUUAUAGGCCCACUUAUCUUUGGCAUAACAUGUCCCUAACUUUUUUAAUGUGAAAAGAAAGCAGAGUAACUGUUUAAGAACAUUCUAAUGCAUUAUUUAUAAAGCAAUAAAAAUCAACCAAAGUGAACAACUUGUAUGUUGUUAAAUCAGGUGUAAAAUAAUCAAGUUCAGAGAUUUUUUUGUAUAAUUCCCCCAUAGGUCAAAGGUCAAACUGGGUCUUUCUAAGUGGCUGUGUGGUUUUAGGUACCACAAUUCAUGUAUGUACAUACUAAAGGGAGUGUGUACCUCAAAGCAAGUUGUUUUGUUGCUGUUCCAAAAAGACCAGCAGUAUUUCUAAGCAUGUUUGCUUUGUUCAAAACGUUUUGGGGUAAAAGAACAACACCUUUUCAAUAAACAAAGGGAAUAAAAUGAA